AUGACGACGACAAAGACACCGUCGACGACAGUGUCCUCGUCCACGAGCAAACCAAACCCUUCCCCAGCGCCCACACAGUCCAACCCCGCGCCGAAAAAGGGCAAGGACAAGAAGAUUUUCAGUUGUCACUCCUGCCGCCGGCGCAAGCUCAAAUGUGACCGAUUCGAUCCCUGCGGUGCGUGCCAGGCCCGAGGGGAGGGCCAUCUAUGUACUUGGGAAGAAGGACAGCGACCCGAGCGGAGCCACCGAGAAAGUCUGGAGCAGCUGCCCAAGUUGAUCCUCAAGUUGACGGAGGAGGUCAAGCAGCUCAAAACAUCCAAUUCCGCGUUGAUUGAGAAUAUCCGAGGCAAGGGGGACAGCCUGCCGGAGAGUCUGGGCCUCACCCCAGGGGACUCGCGCCCCUCGUCGCAUGCGGCGACCAACUCAAUAUGUACCGGUUGGGGGGUAGAUUCGCCGUGUCGAGCGGCCGAGCAUAAGCAGUGGACGCCGUUACGGAUAGUGGCGCUGCUCCCGGAGAGUGCGCUAGUAUGGGGGUUGAUUUCGCAUUAUAUCUACGCAUCGGCAUCGCUUACUGGCUUUGUCGAUGUGCCGCAACUCAUUAAUGAUGUGGAAGAGGUCGAGCAGUUUCGACAAGCCGCGGACUAUACCGGCUCCCCCGGCUUCCUGGAUCAACUUCACCUCAAAGUAGCCCUGAUCCUGGCGUGUGCGAGCCUGGCAGCGGUAGACCUGGACCCGCAAAAGGCGCAGGAACUGGGUCUGGGAGGAACCGACAUCGACGCGCUGGUCCGAGAUCUCGGGAGAAAGUCCAGAACCCUCAUCACCCCGGUGGAUGUAGACUCGUUCACAGCCCCCAACCUCAAGUCGCCAUCCGCCCCAGCAGCACAGUCCAGCUCGGAGCCUCCUGACUUCCUCCAACAGGCCAACUCCCCUCCGACUCCACCCACCGACACCCCUCUCCGCGUGGUGUCAAUCAAAAUCCUCCUUCUACUCGCGGCGCGCUCCUUCGCCGCCCCCUCCGAAUACCUCAAACUCCACCUGGACGUCAUCUCCGCGGCCGUCGACGCCUCGCUCGACGGCCCCUGCGACGAAGACACGUCGCUCGCCGAGCGCGAAUGGCGCUGGCAGCUGUGGUCCUUCCUCUGCGUCCUCGACUGGACCUCGCCCGGCAUCUACCACAACAGCAGCUACUUCAUCCGCCCGGAGAUGCACCGCGACGCGCCGUCCAAGGUCCCCGGCCUCACCGACGACGGGGCCUACCCGCCCACCAUCGAACGCGAGCACUGGGACCGCCUCGGCCAAACACGACACUACCUCGAGUACGCGCUGGCGCUCGCGCACCUCUCCCGCCGCGCCGAGGACUGCAUCAUCCGCCCGGGCCCCAUCUCCCCGGCCCAAGCCGCCGAGCUCUGCGCCGAGCUCGACGCCCUCGACAGCAAACUCAGCUUCUACCAACUCCUCACCACCAGCCCCGCGGCGCCCGACACCGCCGGCGCCGGCGCCAGCGCCACCGACCUCCCCACCCACAGCGCCGAGCACCGCGGGUCGCUGGCGCGCGCGCCGCUCGUCCAGAACAUCCACCUCAGUCUGGAGCUGGGCCUCAUCCGUUUCAAGCUCUUCCGCCACGAGGCCUUCCACCUCAUGCACGAGGCGAGCAGCUCGGGCCCGCUGCGCAUGAUGUGCAUGGACGCGUGCAUGGACGCGUGCAUCCUCGUGCUCUCGCAGUGUCGCAGCAUCGGCAACGGCGACAUGGUGGCCGACCGCGUCAGCCGGAUUAUGGACUACGCGGCGGAGGAGAAGCGGCCGUGCACGGGGAGUCUGCGACGGGUGCUGCAGCCGGCGUCGUCGGCGGCGCUGGUCGGCCAGGUGUUGCUGCAUGCGGCGCAGGCUGGUGGGUGGGGGAUGGGGGGUGCCGGGUCCCGGCCGGCGUCGAGAGCCGGGGCGGGAGGCGAGAUGGCGUAUCAGGCGGGCGGGCGGAUGAAUCAGGAGAAGGUGCGGCUGCUGCAAUGGCAUAUCAAUCUAGUGGUGUCGUUACUGGAGGCGUUGCAAGGGACGAAUGCGUUGGCGAGGUACAAGGUUGGGUUGCAUCGGCAGUGCAUGUAG